GUUCACCUGCAAGUUACUACUACAUUAUAUGAACCAAGUUCAUCAAGGAGGGAAGUGUCCAUCCCCGCCCUCCCGCAGCCGCCCCUCUCCGCAGCAGGACACUGACACGGCGGAAGAUGGCGUUGCUGCAGAGGCUGCUGCUCCCCCCCGGCAAGGUGACAUUACUAAAUUCAUCUCUCUUUACAAGUGGCUUCAUAAAGAUACCAUGCAGCAACUACUUACACUCUCCAGUUCGAAAUUUUCAUAAGUACGUCCCUCGUAGAGCUGUACUAUACAUACCUGGAAAUGAUGAAAGGAAAAUAAAAAAAAUCUCCUCUCUCAGUGUUGACUGUGCAGUGCUAGACUGUGAAGAUGGAGUGGCCAUCAAUAAAAAGGUUGAAGCCAGAGAGACUGUUGUUAGAGCACUGGAAGAAUAUGACCUUGGCGAAACUGAGAAGUGUGUAAGGAUUAACUCUGUGUCCAGUGGCCUUGCAGAAGAAGAUCUGAAGGUCAUCUUGCAGUCCAAGGUCUUACCCUCCUGUCUAAUGUUGCCAAAGGUUGAAUCUUCUGAAGAAGUGAAAUGGUUUACAGAAAACUUUCUACACCACUUAAAAGGCAGGAAGCUGGCACAUCCAAUAAAUCUGGUAACUUUUGUGGAAAAUGCUGUAGGACUACUCAACUUCAAGGAUGUUUGUGAAGAAGCUAUACAAAAAGCACCCACAGUUGGUCUUCACUUAGAUGGAGUUGUCUUUGGAGCAGAAGAUUUCCGAGCAAGCAUAGGUGCAACAAGCAGCAAAGAUACUCAUGAUGUCUUGUAUGCCAGACAAAAGAUCAUCGUUGUAGCCAAAGCAUUUGGACUGCAAGCCAUUGAUCUUGUUUACAUAGACUACAAAGAUGAAAAAGGGCUUCAGCAACAGGCAAAAGAAGGAGCCCUGAUGGGAUUCUCAGGUAAGCAGGUGAUUCACCCAAGCCAGAUUCCUAUUGUCCAGGAGCAGUUUACUCCGAGUGCUGACAAAAUAAAUUGGGCCUACGAAUUGAUUUCUGCUUUUCAAGAGCACCAGAGAUUAGGAAAGGGAGCAUUUACUUUCCAUGGGAGCAUGAUAGACAUGCCCUUGCUUAAGCAGGCACAGAACAUCGUUACGCUUGCCAGAGCCAUCAAGAACAAUCAUCUGCUAAAUGAAGCGCUCUCCGGGAGUCCCCCCCUCUAUACAGCACUUGUCUUACAGGAGAGGAAGGAGGGAGACCUGAGAAAAACGACGAGGAACAGUUGAUGCUAUUGAUAGCAAUCAUCAUGCAUUUAUUUUCUGUACAUGUAUACCAUUAAUUAAAAUAAAUGUCAAAUCGAA